AUGGCAUAUGAUUACUAUAUGCCUACAUGGGCAAACAAUACAGGGGCACAUGCUGCUUUGUAUGAUCCAGCAAGUGAUCAAGAUACUGAUUAUGGUAUAAAUGCGUGGAUUAAUGAUGGAUUAGCAGCCAACAAGAUGAUUUUGGGGUUGCCUUUCUAUGGCUAUGCAUGGACACUAGUGAACCCAAAUGACAGUGCAAUUGGUGCACCUGAAAAAGGUCCAGCCAAAACCAAAGAUGGGUCGAUGAAAUAUAAAGACAUCAACAGUUACAUUCAGAGGAAUGGAGCUGUUUCAAUGUACAAUGCAACUUAUGUGGUGAAUUACUGCACUAUCGGAUCAACUUGGAUUGGUUUUGAUGAUGUUGAGGCUGUCAAAAUUAAGGUUGCUUAUGCGAAAGAGGAGAAUUUACUAGGUUACGUUGUGUGGCAAGCGCCUAAUGAUGACAAUUGGGUGCUCUCUCAAGCUGCUCAGGAGGUUGGUAAGGAUCAUAAAAACAAGCUACGCUUGUUAAUAAUAUUGCUUACAACUGGAGCAUCUGCUAUUCUCCUACUAAGUGCCUUGAUUUGGAACGGGGACAAACACAAUCAUUCAAAGUCUAAACUAGGAAUUAGUAUGACGGCUGUUGGAGGUAAUAAUGCUCCUAAUUUGCAAGUAUUUAGUCUUGGUGACAUUGAAGUAGCAACAAACAAGUUUUCAUUUGAAAAUAAGCUGGGAGAGGGUGGAUAUGGCCCUGUAUACAAGGGUACAUUACAGAAGGGACUAAAAAUAGCGGUGAAAAGGCUUUCGAAGACUUCUACACAAGGAUUUGAAGAAUUCAAAAAAGAGGUUAUGCUUACGGCAAAGCUGCAACAUCUAAAUCUGGUAAGAGUUCUGGGAUUCUGCACUGAGAAAGAAGAACAGAUGCUGGUCUACGAAUACAUGGCGAACAAAAGCUUGGAUUACUACAUCUAUGGUAAGCAUAAUUUGAUGGUUCAAAUAAAUUUUUCUGAAAAAGUUGUGCAAUUCUACAUGGGGGUUGCACUUUAG